CGCAGCCGCUUCGACAUGACGUUUUGUUGGCUGAGUCUCGCUCUGUUCUCAGCAGUUCUGUUGCUGCUCUGGCUAUGGAUGCGACACACGUACAGCUACUGGGCGAGACGGGGCGUGUUGCACGACAAACCCGUGAUGCUCUAUGGCAAUUUGUACAGCGUGGGCAGAUCGACAACGGCUCUCGAACCCUUUCGCCGCUUCUACGAGAAGUACAAAGGUCAAGCGCCAUUCGGUGGCUUCUACUUUGCAGUACGCGGAGCUGCAGUGUUGCUCGAUUUGGAACUGGUUAAACUGGUGAUGGUGAAGGAGUUCAACAACUUUGCGCAUCGCGGCAACUACUACAACGAGGAGGAUGAUCCCAUUUCGGCGCAUCUAUUCAAUUUGGAUGGCCGCGAUUGGCGUGAGAUGCGCAACAAACUGACAUCGACAUUCACCUCCUUGAAGAUGCAUCAAAUGCUGCCAACUGUGGUGGAGAUUGCCGAACGCUUUGUGAACGUGGUGCAGCAGCAGGUCGAGGCUAACAAGGGUGCCGAAGAAUCUCCCGUGGAGGUGAAGAAUCUAUUGGCUCGUUUCACUAUCGACGUUAUUGGCAGUUGCGCCUUUGGCCUCGACUGCAACAGUCUCAACAAUCCCGAUGUGGAGUUCUAUCACCUGGGGCACAAAACCUUCAAGGAACGGCGACAUGGUCGUCUGGCCUUUGGCCUCAUUCAAGCCUUUCCCCGGCUGGCUAAAUGGCUGCACAUCAAAAUGGUCAGCGAUGAUGUCAGCGAUUUCUAUAUGCGUGUCGUGCGCGAGACUUUGGAGUAUCGCGACAAGCAUCAGGUGCAACGCAACGACUUUCUCAAUCUGCUCAUGGAGCUGCGCAAUGAACCGAGUGGCGGCUUGACCUUUAAUCAGAUUGCGGCCCAGGCAUUUGUCUUCUUCCUCGGUGGCUUCGAAACCAGUUCUAGUACCAUGGGCUUUGCUUUGCAUCUGCUUGCGCUGCAUCCCGAGGUGCAACAACGUGGCAGAGAGGAAGUGCAACAGGUGCUGGCCAAGCACAAGCAGCUCAACUACGAAGCACUGCGAGAGCUCAAGUACAUCAAGCAAAUCAUUUAUGAAACCCUUCGCAAGUAUUCGAUUGCCUCGAUUCUCAUACGCAAGACACUGGAGGACUUUCAAGUGCCGGGUACGUCAUAUGUUUUGGAAGCUGGUCUCCCAUUGGUUAUACCCGUUGAUGCCAUACAUCAUGAUCCCGAUAUUUACCCCGAACCGGAUAAAUUCGAUCCGGAUCGUUUCACACCCGAAGCCAUCGAACAGCGUCAUUCAGCUGCGUAUUUGGCCUUUGGUGCCGGACCAAGGAAUUGCAUCGGACUGCGCUUUGGUGAAAUGCAAUCUCUGGUGGGAUUGGCUGUGCUGCUCCAGAACUUUAAGUUCUCGCCAGCUAAGGAAACAGAGAUACCACUGCAGAUCAAUAAGACGAGUUUCUUUCUGCAAUCACGUGGCGGUAUUGUGCUUAAUGUGGAGAAGGUCUAACUUCAAACAUUUCCGUAUUAUGUUAUUUACAUACUUAUGUAUUCCCUUUAGCUUUAAGUCUAUGUAUGCUUGAACAAAAUAUAUAUGUGACUAAUCUGUAAA